CUUCGUGAUUUUCUCGAUGUUCCUCACGGAUUUGAGACGCAACUCGAUCUCACGAAGGGUAGCCAUAUUCCUGGCACCAGCAGGGGCGGCGCCCAGCACAGGAGGCUGGGCCGCAAGACGACCAAGGGUGCGCCGAGCAAGCAUCUGAGGAGGAAUUCAACGGGUUGGGUAUGACCUGGAAGGACGAGAGCGCUGCAAACCCGACUCUGACGGUGCGAAUCGGGUGAGCGCGGCAACUCCCGAGCACUUCCAGUCGCCGCCUGAAUUUGCAAGCCAUGACUCCGGGGCGUGCUUGCUCAACGUGCUGCACAGCGACCACGCUUGCUUUACUCAAUCUCUGCUAACUACUCACCAUGGCAUCGGAAGAACCUCUGUUUGACCCCUCGCUCAAGAAGCGCAAGAAGAAGACCGUCGCAUUCCACGAGGACCCGCUCGGUGCUGAUGCUGACCCUACUACCCCUGCUCCCGCUACGAUUGACGAUACGACGACCAAUGGCGUCACUGUGGACAUGGGAACCAAGACGCUGCACGAGCAGAUGAAGGAGAGUGGUCUUGAUGGAGUAGCAGAGCCCGCAGAGGAGAAGAAGGAAGACGAUGAUUUCAAAGCAAUGUUUGGAGAUAUCAAGAAGAAGAAAAAGAAGAAGGAUAUUCCUCUCGAUCUCGGAGAGGAAGGCUCAGGAACGUCUACUCCUACUGCUACCGCUCCGGCAGCAGGUGAGGAUCUCGACUUCUCCGAUCUCAAGAAGAAGAAAAAGACAUCAAAGAAGAAGGCUGCAAUCGACAUGGAAGCGUUUGAGAAGGAGUUGAAUGAAUCAAAAGCGAAGGAGGCUGAGGAGGAAGAAGCACCGGACGGCAAACAUCUCGAAGAGCUCGACGAGACUGAGCUUGGAGAAGAUCCGUUCGCUCGGGGUGAAGGCGCUGUUAGCGUCGAAGCUGGCGGCGAGCCUUGGCUUGGUAGUGACCGUGACUAUACAUACCUCGAGGUGAGUAGUAAGAUAUUGGCUUUUCGCGCUACACCGUCUAAUUGGUACCUACAGCUUCUUCAUCGAUUCUACACCCAACUUCAUGCCGCCAACCCCGCUCUCCUUACGUCUACUGGUAAGCGAUACACCAUCGCUCCUCCUUCCGUCAUGCGAGAAGGGAACAAGAAGUCUAUCUUCGCCAACGUCUCCGACAUUUGCAAGCGAAUGCACAGACCGCCAGAGCACGUCAUCCAAUAUAUGUUUGCGGAAAUGGGUACCACCGGUUCCGUCGAUGGUUCAGGGCGACUCGUUAUCAAGGGUCGUUUCCAGCAAAAGCAGAUCGAGCACGUUCUGCGUCGAUACAUCGGUAAGCAUUUUGGUUUACCUCUCUAUUAUCAUUCCACUAAUGGUACUGUAUAGUCGAAUACGUCACUUGCAAGACAUGCAAAUCACCAGAUACACUCCUCACGAAGGAGAAUCGUAUCUUCUUCAUGUCUUGCGAAUCCUGUGGAUCGAGACGUUCGGUCAACCCUAUCAAGACCGGUUUCCAGGCACAGGUCGGAAAGAGAAGCAAAAACAAGGCGACUAAAUAGUUCCAUGUUGGACUUUUGCUUUCGCGUUGUUGUCGUCAUGUAUCCUUUCACUUCACUCAAGAUCAAGAUGUACAUAUACAUAUCUAUAUUCAUAGGCCAUACAAUUUGUAUCGGAGAUCUCUAUAUGUUCACUUGCGUAAAGCUCAUUAUGGCUGGUAAGAUUUGAGAGACGUAGGCGUGAAGAAUGGAUCUUCCCCAAGCUCAGUCUCAUUCAGCUCUUCGAAGUGUGUAAAUGAUACGAUGGCUAUAAAAGGCAAUCGCUUUGGAUCCUAAC